GCAUUAUGUGCACUUUGACCAGAUUUAGCAAGUAACGCAGUAAAAAAAUGAAUAUUUGUACGAGUAAAUUGUACCUACGUUUAACUUUCCGUUGAAUUAUACAAAAUGUUGCUCUUUUGAAGCAACACAUUUUCUUAAUCCGUGAGAACUGAAGCGUUUUGCUUUUAUCAAAUAGGAGAAAUUUCCGUGUUUUUUGCUUAAAUAGUGCUGCUUUAAAGCCAACAUUUCACUUUGUCUGGAAAAAAGCACGAUAUUUUGCGGAAUCGAUAUGAAAAAUAUGUCUAAAAGGUCCAUUUUUCACGGAAAAUGCUAUUUCGGAAAAUACAAAAUAGUUUGGAAAGCGUUUGAGGCUAUGAACCAGAAACAUUUUUUUCGUUUCCACCAGGUCCUGGAUCAGAGAAUUUCCUGAUCAACGCAACAACAGCAAUUAUUAUUACACGCUACAACAACUCUCUCGACAGAGAAAGGAACGACACUUACCAUAUGACGCUGACUGCCUCAGAUGGCAGAAACCAAACCACUUCUGUUCCCUUAUUAGUCAAAAUAACCGACGUCAACGAUGAACGCCCCCGGUUUAGCCAGCAAGUGUAUUAUGCAAACAUAUCCGAGGAUGCUGCACGUGGUACAACGGUCAGGAGGGUAACAGCCACAGAUCUUGACUUUCUGAUCUUGAAUAAAGAGAUUACUUACACGUCGACAGGAGCUGAUGCGAAGUUUUACAUCAACAGAGCAACAGGUCUGUAAAAGGGUAAAUUUCAUGCUCAGUCCUCGCUUAACUCUUGAUGAAAACUCAGUGAGUCGUAAAGAAGCCCAUCUCGAGCUCUGUUGUAAUCUCCUUUUAAGAGAAUAUCUUUUUCCUUGGAAACUCUCAUAAUCUUUCAUCUAAAAUUAACUUUGUAACUAAAAGUUUAGAUUCAGAAUAGGUAAUAAGCUCCUUCUCUUCUACAGGUGAUAUCAUCGUGGACUCUAGCCUCGACCGGGAAUUCAAAAGCUAUUAUGUACUUCAUGUGACAGCCUCUAACAUUGGACAAAAUUCAAAGGAAGGCGCGUGUCAAGUGAACAUAACUGUCACUGACGUCAUUGAUGAAAAACCUUUCUUCGACAGCGAUAUGUUGACAUAUCAUAUCUCAGAGAAUGCCUCAGUUGGAACGAAUGUUACCAAACUUAAAGCUCAAGACAGAGAUAUAGACGACAGUCACACUUACUCACUCGUAAAGAGCGAUUCCAGUGGAUAUUUCAGUAUAGACCGAGACACUGGUGUGAUAACAACUGCCAAAGACCUGGACAGGGAAAAUAUGACCGAACACGUCAUUUAUGUGCAAGCAACGGACAGUGUAAACCUGACAUCGGACAAAGUGAAAAUCGUGAUCAAAGUUGACGAUGUUAAUGACCACCCGCCAGUCUUUACAAAGUCCUUUUAUAUCGAAGAUUACCGCGAAGAGUCUCCAAAGGACACCAGUAUUUUGACCGUCUCAGCUGAAGAUGCGGAUGUGGGCGUGAAUGCCGAAAUAAGAUUCAGCAUUGUUAGCAAUGCUACAAAUUACGUUUCAGUUGAUCCAGUUACUGGAUUUAUCUCCCAGGCUGAUAAGGAACUCGAUCGGGAAAUGUCGCCAUACUUCAACUUCACCGUUCGAGCGACGGAUCUUGGUUCUCCAGCGCUCUCGUCUGAGGUGGAGGUAUCUUUAACUUUAGUCGACAUCAAUGACAACAGUCCUACUUUUAACCAGACUGUCUAUCAAGCCUACGUCAUGGAAAACCAACCAAUAGGUACAUCGCUCCUGGUUGUCACUGCAACAGACAAGGAUGUGGGAACUAAUGCUAGACUGUCUUAUGGACUUCGCGGAGGAAAUUUCCGUUUUAACAUCGACCAAGACACUGUAAGUUAAAAAGUUUCGAUCUUUUGUUGGAUUGUAGGAGGUUAGACAUUUGCAAAUCAAUUUCAAUGUUUAUGUAGAUCUGUUGAACUUCUCUGUUGAUAUAGUUAUUUUUCCUCCAUUAAGAAAGCACAAAGACGAAAUGAAAGUUUAAAAACCUAUCAACAAAUUGUCUUAUUACAUGUUUGCGAUCGAAUCGUGCCUCGUUGCUGCUUUGCGAGGCACGGUGGAAAAUUGUCUAAGAUUGAUAAUACUCGUGCGCAACCAGUCGCUUCUCUCAAUUUCAUUACUCAUCUGGUCAAGUGGUCAAGUUGGUGCGGAAAUAGCCUUUACAUAACGCAAAACGAAAAUCAUUCAUACCUCAUUUGCAUGUUUUCUUUAGGGAAAUAUUACGACAGCGGUUCGUUUGGACCGAGAGCAAGCUGGUGCUGAUUCAUAUACGUUGACUGUGCUUGCAGCAGACGACGCCAUAAGAAGUCGAGAAGGAACCACACAGGUUAGCACAAAUCUGUUUUUGUUUCUAUUCCAGUUUUUAUCUACAUAAUUUUGCUACUGGGGCUGAUCUGUGCAUGCGGCCUCAGGCCUGAGCUUGAGCUCGGGCACCGGUUCGAGCUCGGCUGCAUUUGGGUAUCUUAGAUGAAAUAGCACGUUUCUAUAAUUUUCUUCAAUCUUCAGGAAAGAGGAUGACACAAGGCUUUGUGAAUCAUUCAGCUUGUGCGUAGAACUAGCUUAUGAUUAAUUUUCAAAACUCUCGACACUUAGGCUAUCAUCGGCCCAAUCAUUCAGUACAUCUUACUUUACAACUGAUUCUUCUUGUAGGUCAUUGUGACAGUGCUGGACGAUAACGAUAACACACCGGUAUUCUCGCAGUCAAAUUACCUCUUCGAAGUUUCUGAAGAUGUCGCUGUUGGCCACGCUGUUGGUUUGGUGUCUGCUUCAGAUGAUGAUGAGGGGUCAAAUGCAGUGAUAACCUAUUUCACAAAGAUGGAGAAUGGAAGUAAGCGACAAAGUGAUUGUAAUUAGGACUGAUGACAUGAAAGCAAGUACAAUGUCGCGAUAUACAAGAAAGAAUAGGAUUGUAUGUUAUUUUGAAAGAGAGUAGGUUUCACAUUCAUAAAAUCUCUAGGCGCACAGUAGGUAUGCAGGUAACUAUGACAAAAGGUUAACAGUUUGAUAUAGUAUAUAUGUAAGCAACCUGAAGGUGUAAGAGAAGUGAAGAUAAAAGUGAUUAAGUGGGUUGGUAACCUGUAGUUAGUUAGUUAGGCAGGUGGGAAGGUAACCAGGUAAAGAGGUACGUGGUCGGUAAGUAAGUAAGAUGGAGGAUGUUUACCCUUGAUGCGGGGAGGGUGGGUACUAUGAACUUAGGUUGGUAGGUGCGAUUGCUGACAGAACUUUGGUAGCCAUUAGACAGAUGAAGAUAUGAAGAAGGGCUUGUAUACGGUAAGGUAGGUAGUCUGGGGUAGGUGUGAAGGUGGAAAGGUGUGCUGGCGGAAAGGUAGAUAACCUGAAAGUAGUGGAAUAAGAAGUAAGGAAGUAACAAGCUUAGAGGUAGGUGGGAAGUUAAUUAGGAAGAUAUUCUGGGAAGUACAUUGUACCGUAGCUUGAAAGCCCAGUAAGUAGAUGGAAUUAAGGUUGGCUUCGCUGUUUCUUUUGGAACAGAAGUAUCACAACUUGGUUAUUGUCUCAUUGUCAGCUGCCGUUCGAGGUAAUAAAGUUAAUUUGUUUGAGAAUUUCCUUUUUGUUUUGUUUUUUCAAGGUGAACUCUUCAUGAUAAAUGACACAACGGGAAGGAUCAUGACCGCGGCCAAACUGGACAGAGAGAAAAACAGCUCCGUCACAUUUAUUAUCAUUGUAAGAAGAACUUAGUCCAACGCCAUGACUAUUUUUUCAUCUCCUUCUGGUGUGCCCAUAAAUUAAUUGAAUUUCUGUUAUGUUAUAUUUUCUUUUAUUCGUUUUAUUUCAAAUAUUCAUUCCAGGCUCGAGACAAAGGAAGUCCUUCUCUAGAGAGCAACGUGACCGUUCAAGUCGUGAUAAAUGACGUUAAUGAUAACGCUCCGAAGUUCCAACAAGCCUUUUACAAUGUCACUCUACCAGAAAGUACAUUUACAAAGACAGAAGUGAGUGCCUUGACUUUUGAAUUCCCAUGAGUGACCAAAACAGAAUUUCUCCCUACAAUAUCAAUACAAUAUAAAACAGACAAGUGAUGAGAAUAAAGAGAAAUAUCAAUCAGGGGAUUAUCAGUCGAUCCAGUAACAAAUUCUCAUAACUAAAACCAUAAGAAUAGUACAGCAGUCAGAAAGAAGAAUUAAUAAUGAGAUCUUGGGAGUUAAAAGGUUAAGAGUGGUCAACAUUUUCUCGUAAAACUAAUUCAAAACUACGACGUAGCCCUAAGAGAUUAUAAAUCAGUGGAGUUAGUCAGUGCCCUGGGAAAAAAAUGGUGAUUUGCCGGUACUCCCAUAUACAAGUACAAAGAGAAGGAAGGAACAAUCCGUUGCAUUAUAAAGCAAUGAGUGUUAAUUGCGAAAUAUGAUGGUUAUUUCUACGUUUACUGACGAAAUAGAACGAAUUUGAAAUUCAAAGUCAAAUGUGUAACACUCAAAUAUUUGGCUUUGAAUACUAAAUAAUGCAUGGCGAGGGUCAAGCCUGUUCAUCCUGUUUGAUAAAAAAAAUUGAAACAUUCUAUUGAAAUCAUUUAAUGCCAUCGCCGAAAACUAACUUGUUAUGUGUCUGUUAUGUUAGGUGGAAACUGUUUCUGCUUCGGAUCUCGAUGAGGGAGGAAACGGUCAGUUCCGAUACAGUAUUGAGAGCAGAGACCCUGACGACCAAUUUGCAAUAAACGGUAUGAAUGCUUUUCUCAGAACUUGAAUGACAUUUUUCAUGAUAAGCCCAUUGGAACAACUAAAUAUUUGUGUGCUUCAUUAGAAUUCGAGCUUCAUAAAUUUAAAUUCUCUGGUUAUAUGUCCAGUCUCUGAGCUCCAGAGAACACUGAGGGGAUCCCCUUCUCAUCCUGUGAGUGUUGGUAACGAAAACAACGCACCACACGAAAUAGAACUCGGCAUUACGAGAAAGGAGCACAAUAUUUCAACAAAACUUGGUUCACGUGUGGUAUGGGCUUGCGUACUAUGAGCUCCGAACAAAGACAGCAGCUACAAAUACUGCUUCGAAAAAUGACGGAAAAUUGCAAAAAGUUUAUUAACGAUAAAACGCUAUAUUUUCGUUUCGUUUUUGCAGCCAUUACUGGUGUCAUUACCUUAAGACAAAAACUUGACCACGAAACCAAAGCCUUCUACAACAUUACCAUUGCGGCACGAGACUUGGGUAUCCCCGCCCUUUCUGGUUACACUAAUCUCCUAGUAACCGUUAGUGACGUAGACGACAAUGCGCCUGUCUUCCACAAGAAUGGAUACACCGCAAGCAUAUUAGAAAAUGCCACCGCAGGCGCAUUUGUCGCCCAAGUGAACGCCUCAGAUAUUGAUGCUGACGAAGCGCACAAGACCAUACUUUACCAGAUCGAAGGAGGAAAUGAACAGAGAAAUUUUGUGAUCGGCGAGUUAAAUGGCACCGUGUUCUUGAAUUGGACAGGAGAUGGUCUUGAUCGCGAGAAAGUUCCAUCAUACACUCUAACUUUGGCUGCCAUCAGCAGAGUAAACAACACAGAGCAAAAAUCAACAGUCCUUGUGAGUACAAACAGCUUUAUUUCUACGUUUUUUGUUUACUUUUUGAACACAGAGUCAUGUACAAUAUUUCGUCGCAGCCAAUCCUAUCAUGUUGUGAUUAUCUUUAUAAUGAAAAAAUUAACUUAACGAAUUCUUUAUCUGCAUUAUCUGCAAGAGCUGUCGAUGUGACCAAAAUUCACGAAACUGAAGGAUUAUUUCAAAAUCUGUCGGGGAAAAUUUUUCAGACGGAAGUGGACUGAGAGUUAUUGAGGAACAAGAUUGUCUUAGAUAUAGGAUUUUUAUUAGUUCAGUCUGUCAGCUUUAUGUCAUCUUUUUUUAACGUAGUAUGUACAUUAUGAAGUUUGCUGAUCACACAUUAUUCCUUACCAAGAACUUAGCCGUACAUGUCCCCUCUCAAUGUUUUCAUUAUAAUUUUCUCUCACAUUGCAUUUGUACUUUUCAUUGCCAGUUGGUUGUCACGAUUCUUGAUGUCAAUGACGUCACCCCAAAGUUUGAGAAAAAGUCCUACCUCAAGUCAGUGCGAGAGGACAACGAGGAACUGGGGCCAUCAGAUGACAGGAAAAUCCUAACGGUCUCUGCAAAAGACGAUGACGUGGGCGACAACGCGAGAAUACUUUACAGUAUUACUAAAGGAAACGAAGAAGGUUUGUGAAAUAGUGGAGUAUGUAUUUAAGUAUUUUACGAUGAUAUUAGUGUAUAAACCUCAAACUAACCGAGUUCUAAGUCCGUGCAGCAAGUUACGGACUGAAUAACUUAACAGGGGUUUAUGGUCCAUGUGCGAGACGCCCGGGCCAAGAAUCCGAGCGGAAAAAACGAGACUCUCUAACUUAAUGGACGGACCGAGAAAACGGAAUUCGUCAGAUAUUUAUCAUAUCUCUGGGUUCAAAUAGAAGGAGAAGAUUUCAAUUCAAACGAACUUUAUUAGUGGGCCGUACAGAGGAAUACGGCCAAGGAAAAUUUCGAUGAAUUUAACGCAGUGUAAACGAAAGUGCUCUAUGGCAGUAUGAAUCUGACUUGAAACAAUAAAACUUGUCUAUUCAAGAUUAUCCAAAGACGAAGUAAUUGAAUCUUAAUGGCUACCUUUUUUUUUUCUUUGUCAGGAGUCUUUACGUUAAAUAACGUUACCGGCGAGUUGCUGAAGGCCAAGGCACUUGAUCGAGAAGUAAGAGACUUCUAUAGUCUUUUGGUGACAGCCGCCGAUCAAGGACAGCCUCCGCUUAUGAACCAAACCACGAUAAAUAUCACCAUCGUUGACGUCAAUGACCACAUUCCCGUGAUUCACACACAAGAAGUUUUCUCUGUGCUUGAGGUAUAUUUAAACGUCAUUUUUAUGCAGUGUAAGAAACGUGAGAAACGGUUCUCAUCACUUUUCAAACACCGAGGCAAUAGCCCAGAUAUAAUACGCAAUGGGAAAGAUAUUUCCGUUUCUAGUUUCUAGCUGUGUGGUGUAGGUGCGUGAUUUGUUCUAGAAGGGCAAACUAACGUUACAGAUUCUAAGAACGUACGGUGAAUUGUUAAAGCCUCCUCGCAGGACGUAAGCUGCUUUGAGUAUGAGAGAGAGAGCAGGGCUAAAACCCUGCGUAAAACUAGUUUUGCUUUCAGAUGGAAGCCAAAUACUCUGAAUUCCUUCACGCUACAGAAACGGGGUCCAAUCUCAGACAGGAUAGCUCUACUGAAUCGAAAGCUGACCUAUCCUUAUCCGGUUUGUUAACCUAUCGAAGAAUCCUAUCUGUAGGUACUAGGGCACUCGUAGUCUCGUUUUCCUACAGAAACCGCACCAACUAGCUCAUGACCACCCAACUGAUCAUCUAUCUGUCUGUUUAACCGAGAGACAGAUCACUAUAAUGACGAACUGAUUCAAUGCAAUGACUAGCCAGCCAAAACUCUUUCUCUUAAUGAUUGUGACAGAUAAAGCAAAUCUUAUCUCUACAGAAUGCAACAGUUGGUACACUGAUCACAACAAUCAAUGCAACGGACAGAGACGAAGAUGUCAAUGCGCAGGUCAAGUUCACCAUCAUAAGUGGGAACGAUGACGAGAGGUUCACACUGAAUGAAACUAACGGCGAACUGCGAACAACAAAGAGUCUUGAUUAUGAUCAAGAACCGAAAUCCUACAAGGUAAAGAUGCACUAUAAUUUACGUUCAACCAAAUUCUGCUAGUCUUGAGUUUUUUUCCCAAGAAUAAGAAAUCUUUUAAGGCCAAAGGAGAUUGCAUGUGUUAUACCAGAUACUCUUCGCUGAAAUAAUAUGAAAUUUGUCGAAACUGGUUUAAUUGGAGCCAGAUCAUGGCAGUGCUUAUGCAGUAACAGUCAGAAGACGCGGUAAGAUGGAAAAUAACGUCGAGGUCAUUAUCACCAUCAGCCGUACCAUCUCCAACUUGUCAUCAUCAAUCAUUUAACUGCAAAUACAUGCAAACUAGUAACAAGAAUAAUAAUUAUAAUAAAAACGGAAUAGAGAAUUUUAGGGAAGAGCUGUCUUAACUUUCAACGUUUCUACUUCAGCUCGCAAUUAAAGCUCAAGAUCUUGGAAGUCCUCCAUUAUCAAGCGAAAAAACCAUAACCAUUGAGUUAGUGAAUAUUGACGAUAACAUUCCCGUGUUUGUCAAGGUAUGGAAUCAUGCUUGAUAUAGAAUUGUGCUAGUUUUGAGUGAUCUGAAUUUAUCAGUCUUUUAGGGAUUGUUUUUCAUUUCUUUUCAUUUCCUUUCUUUUUUUUUUCUUUUCUUAAAUACUGAUGUAAUUCAAUGUCUACGCGGUCAAAUUAUUGACAGUAUGGUUUUGUAUUUAAGUAAGCUAGGCAGAGAUUAUUUUUUAAGUGCCAUCAUUUUUAAAAUAAAAGAACAGGUUUAAAACUAGGAUUUGUUCUGAAUCUGAAGCCUUUCAGAUUUGCAUUAAAAAAAAGAUCUUUAAUAGGGAAAUUUGACUUGUUGUUUUAAUUGUUUAAAAUCUUCUUAAAACAACUGUUUGUUUUGUUCAUCUUAAGCGUCAAGUCACGUUAUCAGUUGGCGAAAACCUCCCAGCAGGAGCUGAAGUUGGAACGAUAGCAGCUUUCGAUGCAGAUCAGGGUGGACCCAUAUAUUACUACAUACAAAGUACAUGAAAUUAAAGUUGUUCCUCUUUAUUCGCAUAAAUCUAUUCCGCAACCCAAUGAGUAAUUUCUGUGUGUCUUACUGUAUGCAUAUUAAGAAAUGAGAUUAUUAAAUAGUCCUCUUCCUGCAUCCUGGAAGGCAAAGUUAUCAUGCAUAAUAGUUCAUUUAUUUGUUUAUUUAUUUAUAUGUUUAUUUACUCUAUAUCGCCAUGUUAAUCUUUACAGGUGGAAAUAGCGGAGCCAUGUUCACGCUAAAUGAGACGACUGGAGUGUUGCGCACAACUCGACAAGCCGUGAGUGCUGUUGAAAUAUAUGAUAUUGUAAAAUAUCAAUUUUUAACUCGAGCAUUUAAAUUUAUCACUGAAGCUGAUUAACAGGUUACAAAGUACAAAACAUGCUCACAUCUAAGUUUGUUCUUGACAGGAUCGGGAGGAUAACGCGCAGUUCUUCCUGUACAUAAAAUCAUCGAAUGUUAAGGUUCGUUCACAACAAUAAUGAUCCUCUACACACUGAAAUUUUUCGGAGUUGGUAAACCUUGCAUGAUAAUCUUAAUUUAGUGGUGUCGUCCCUUACCGCUUUCAGCUCGAUCCAGUCUCCCUUCAGCCGAGGAAUAGAAGAGCGGCCCCGGAUGCAGGUUCAAAUCAAACUAACACGACUCAAGCGCCAUUGCCAGGUAAUUAAGUUUAACCAUUUCUUCUGAUUGGAUAUUUACUUUUAAUUUUUUUAUAUUUCUCAAUAUGUAAUGUUAUUUACACAGAUGAUCUUGGCGUACAGCUGGUGAUUGUGGAAAUCGCGGAUCAAAACGAUAAUGGUCCUCGCUUUACAAAGAAGCUUUACACCGGAGGUAAAAUUUAACAUUGUUUUAGAUUUAGAGAAAAAUAAUACUUUUGUACGAAAGCCGAGGAGAGACUUCCGACUUUCAACUUUCGACUCUUUUCUAAUGACUUUCGACUUUCGACUUUCGACUUUCGACUUUCGACUUUCGACUUUCGACUUUCGACUUUCGACUUUCGACUUUCGACUUUCGACUUUCGACUUUCGACUUUCGACUUUCGACUUUCGACUUUCGACUUUCGACUUUCGACUUUCGACUUUCGACUUUCGACUUUCGACUUUCGACUUUCGACUUUCGACUUUCAACUUUCAACUUUUGUUCGACUUGCGACUUCUGACUCCCAACUCCUCGGCUUUCGUACUUUUGCCUUCGGCGUUCAUGUCUCGCAAAACAAAUUUAUACCUUUGUAACAUUGCUCUUUGUCGUUUCGGUUUUAGGAGUUUCCGAAGAUGCAAAACAUGGAAGCAACAUCAUACAAGUCUUUGUAAGUUAUUUCUUUUAAUUGCCCAGGCAUUGCAACUUUUCUACCCCUAGUGGUCAGUCAGGGAGGAUUGUUAUGUUCAGCACAACUUGAUGUUUCCAAUCAUCGAUUUAUAAAUUCGGAUUUAGCUGGAACAGAGCUACGGUAUAAUACUAUACUAUAUAAUGCCAGUACGUCCCAGCUGCUUUCAUUUUGAUAGUUUGCUUAGUUUAUCAAGGAGGUUACGUUUACCUCGUCGUGGGGGGAGAAUCAGUUUUAAAAUCGCGUUUCCUUUGCGAGACUAUCGGUGCAAUAAGAAAAACUCAAUUUUUUUCCGUUGAUUAUUGUCUGAAUUCUCAGGCCGUAGACUCUGACGAAGGAAACAAUAGCCGUAUAUCGUACGAGCUUCUACAAACUAAGGACAGCGAAGAAUUCAGUAUGAAUCGAGAAACUGGCUGGAUCAAAGCAAAGGCGUCAUACGCAGGGAAGUUUGGGGCCCAGUUUGUUGUUAACGUCAUUGCCAAGGACAGAUUUGGGGAAGAGCCGUAUUUCAACGACACUGCUGAAGUCAAGGCAAGUUAAUCUUUGAAGCAUUUUUCGAUUAAGUGUCGCAGGACCAGAAACAGUAAUACACAGUAGCUUAUCAACUGAGAUGUCAAAAUAAAUACCUGAAAACUUCUCUAAUGGCGGGAAAACGCGAGGAUAAAGUCGAGUUUGAGAAAGUGGCGCGGGUUUUCCACACCAAACAGCUCAGGUUGCGUAGUUUAAAGAAUUGAAUGAUGUUCUCUCUCUGCAUUUUAGAUUUAUGUACUCACGGAUAUUCAACGAGCUGUGAUAAUAUCUGGACGCUCUCCUGAAUAUAUUCGAAAACAUCAAGCAGACCUAAAAAGGUACAAGAAAUAAGGCUGAUGUAAUUUAAUUAAGCACAGAGCUGUUAUGUAUUUGAGAAGUAUUCUGGUAGCAAAUCAAUAUGCUAUAGAUAGCUGCCAAUCGAUUCAAGGCAUCACAUUCCAAAACGUUUAACAUUCUAGAUAUUUUUUGACAAAAAAAACGAAGUGAAGAAAAUUUUGCUUUGUUUUUGUUCUGUACAUUUACUUAGCAGUCAGACUUAUUUUCCUCUUCGUUGUGCUGUGUUCUCUUAGAGUAUUGGAGAAUAUCACCGGUUACAUUAUAAACAUAGAUGACAUAAACUAUUACAAAGAUAAAGAUGGAAACUACGAUUAUGAAAGGUAAGUCAAUAUUUAAGGUAAGUGCACCCCUUAAGUCAAACAUUUGGACACUUAAGAUGAUUUAAAAGGCUUCUUUUUGCUAAAUAUCGAUAAGAGGAACAGUAUUGGCGUAUUGUUAGGAGCGCUCGCCUUCCAUCAAAAGGGUUCAUCAGCUUUUACUGGUGACCUUCUGCAACCGAGACUACCUCCCUCUCGCGAACUACUACUGCUUUAAAUCGAAACUGAGCCAGCCUGUCUAGAUAUUGCAAAUAACAAAUACAUCAAUAAUUAAAUAAACCCUAAGACUUUCAUUCUCGUGGACGUUUCUAAGUAAGAUUAUUUCAAACUCACUCCUUCUUUUUUAUUCACUUAGGACAGCGGUUCUCUUCCAUGCUGUGGAUCCCAAAACUAACAAAGUUGUCGACAAAGAAAUCGUAAUAGAGUAAGAAAUUCAACUCAUUAAGCUGUUGUUUCUGUCUUUUAAAAUGAACCCGGUGGAUUUCAUUAAUUUCUUUUCAUCUCUUUCCUCGUAGCAAAAUAGACAACAAUUACGAUAAGCAUCUUGGAUUCUUCAAUGAAUGGAAAAUAAAAGAAGUAAAGGUAUGUUAGAUUAUGUUGGUUGCCUGUUCAACAGUAACGUAAACCAACGUCAGUUGACAAGCAAGCAGUUAAACAUACUGGAAGUUAUUUUCCCUUACACGAGCUAUAAGCCCGGUAUAAUUUGGUACAGAAAAUUUGAAGAUAUGGCCUGUGUGACAGUCUGUGAUGUCACAAUCGAGCGGUCGGGAUUCCAAGCUGUUCCCGACAAAAUGGCAUGGUCCAUAGCCAUAUCUCUCAAAACACGGGAGGAUUCGAGAACAAAUAUGUGGUUUUUGGAACAUGCCUGUCCUUUAAGCACAGCAUUGUAAAAUUUCACCAUUUUUAAUCACCAUUAAAUAAAUUUGACCAGUAAUUAAGCGCUCUAGAAAAUAUAAUUUGUAUGUUUGCAUUGAUCGCCAGGCUCACGUCGACGACCAGAAAGAUGACGAAUUUCCCGUAGUGCUUGCUGUGGUCAUUAGUCUUGGAAUUCUCCUUUUCAUAGUUAUUCUGAUAUUUUGCUGUGUGGUUUUCCAGCUCAGGAGGAGGUAUCAAAUGUGUCUUAAUCUUCUUUUGACAUCAAUUAGCUUUAAUGUACCCAAGUUCGAUGCGUUUUUCAUUUUAGCUUCUAAUGAUAGUAAAAAAAAAAAAAACAAAAUCAAAACAAACACCAUGAUUAAGACAAACAAGGUGAGAUUACUUUGCACGCUGAUAUAAUAAAUAUUUGGCCCGAAAAAGCUCACCACUUAGCCUCGACCAGAUGUACUUGACCUAGUCUCUCUAGCUCACGAUCAGAAAUUUCUCGCGGGCGAUUGAAUGCGUAUUCUCAGUAAUAACUAGAUUUUGAACGAGAGAUUUCUAUCGCGUGUUAGUUGAUGAGGGCGAAACGCUAAUGAGCUAUAACACAUAGGUAUCGAAAGCAAAUAAUCUAAUUUUUUCAAGUGUAAAUCUACUAGCCGACCAAAACAUAACAAUAACGCAGACUCAUGUCUGUUAUAAUUUUAUGAUUCAGAUGAAUCACACCACAUGUUACUCACUGUACUCAUUAUCUGUAUAUUACGAAAUAAACAACGAGUACCGUAGCCAAUCAGAUUACAGGAUUCGGGAUAUAACGCUGAUAGAAAAUCAUAACUAUCACAUUCGAAUUCAAUACCAGAGAACAUUUUAUUAGGUAGGGAGUGAAAAUUUAAGAUCAUAUUCUAAGAUUAAAUCUUAUCGUUAUCACGAAACUUGAAACUAAAUUUGUGAAAAGGUUUAAGUUCUGGUAUUAGAAUUGAAGAAAUGGGAGAAGCUUAUCGAAUAACUCAGCACGUAAAAGAUUGAUAUCUGAAUGAUGUCUAAGUGGAUGUUAUUUUAGGCAGUCAGCCUCCUCUUCUUGCGAAACAUUGAAGUUUGUAUACGAAGCUUUACAAAAAUGGAAGAAGAGCAAAAUUCAGUUUAGGGCCAAAAAUAGCUGUCAUAAAUACAGAUCUUCAUGCAUCGAAAUAGAAUUGAAGUAUUAACAUUUUUCUUAAAUGUUUUUAAAUUUUAGGCAAAAUAGAAAAUUAAGGGCGGCGACUGCAGUUAGUUAUGGAGGUUAGUGCUCUGGUUUCGUUUCCUUCUUGGAUUUAGGGUUCCCUAGCUUUAAAAAGUUAUCCUAUCUCUUUUGUGUUGCCUGAAACACACUCCUUUGCCGGGUCUUAUGGCAGUUUUCAAUCCUAGAAAAACACACUAAGCGUUUACAUUCAUGUAAAAUAGUCACGAUUGAGAACUUCUGUUCCCCUUUACGUUUACUUUUUUCGAUAAAACCAAGACUGAGACGUGCGAUGUCAUAAUCUUCUACCAUAAAGAGCAAAUAAUCUUUGUUUCAUUCCUGAACAGGAUCACGCUCCGUCAAUAAUGGAACAGUAUCAGCUAUUCCUACGUCGAAUAUGCACAUCUCUGAGGGGUAAGUUUAACACCCUCUUGACGCUUUCCGGAUCUAGUCAGUCCAUUUUCCGUUCAAGUACCUUGCCAGGAAAGACUCUGAUAUUAUGCAAAAGUGUGUCACAAAGUGUGGUUUAAAUUGCACCGCUGAAGAAAAAAAUUCAUGAAAUCACCCAAGGGGAGGAUCAGUUCUUGCUAAACAGAGUAUUAAAGGUGGACUGACUGCCAACACAGCAGAAUUAUUAGAAUAUUACAGAACCUUAGAAGGGAAUCAGGUAAAAGUUAUUAUGACUCAAACAAGUCCUCCACCCCCCCCCCUUCCCCCCUUUUUUGUUGGGGAUAUAUCAUGACCAGUCCCUGACGUUAUGGUUAAAUUUCAGAUCAAACCCAAUCUGGGUUGACCCGUAUCAUAACUGGGGCAUGAAGACUGAUGAAGAGGACGCACCAGUGUAUGUAUCGCCGCUAUGAUAUAUGUUCUCUGCAGUAACACAGAUUAUGAACAGAAACGUAAAGAAAGCGUUUUUUCUUCAUAAAGACGAGGGAUAAUUCCUUCUCCAGUUAUCCCCUCCCCCCCCUUUCCUCCAUAGAACUCGAACAGUAUCUUUUUCAAAUUUAUCUUUUUCACCUUCAUAUCUUUAAAAUGAGAGAUAGGAAACUGGGUCGAGCGCAUGUAAAAUAUCCCAUAAAUAAACUGAGCAAACAAAUCAACCUUUCAUUGUUACUUGUUUCGUUUCAAGAAGUACUGCUUUUCGACCUUGUUAAACAGAACUUAUUUUCUUCCUUUUGUUCAAACAAACCGAAUAAGGGUGGCAAGUACAGAAAAUAGAAAAAUAAGUAUUUAAGGCGUUUGAAAGUGUCUUAAACUGAGCAACUUUACUUCGUUUCUCUUAAACAAGCUGUAGGCAUGGCGUAAACAAUCUUGCUGUAUUUUUGCCAUGAUACGCCGGCGUGACCAUGGGAACACUUAUAUAUGACAUUUCGUGUACAAAUAAAUCUCGAAUUUCGGUGUUUUAGAUAAGCAACAAUUUUGUUUUCGUUGUAUGGGACAUUUUCCCCUAUAAUACGAGCGCUUUUGACAGGUGGUCUUGUUCUCGUUGCAGAGAACCAUCCCCAUUUUAUGGAGGCGCGUUCCACAUAGCUGAAGAAGGUAGAGAGGAGCUGUACGAGGCACAGGUAUGAGUAGCACUCCACGGCUUCAAGACCAGUUCACUCUUCUGCUGGUACGACUUUGCUACUCUCUUGCUCCUUCUUUUCUCAAUCAAUCUUUACUCCUCUAUCAACUUCUCUCCUACUUGAAUUUCAAUGGUCUGUAUUUUAAGCCAUCAAUCAUCUUUAAAUUUGUGAAUGAAAGUGAACCUCGCAGUAAUGUGCACUACUUAGGCAGUAGUGAAAAUAAGGCCUGAAAAAAUUCAGGUCUGUACGGGAUUUGAACCCAUGACCUCUGCGAUACCGGUGCAGCGCUCUACCAACUGAGCUAACAAGCCAACUGGGAGCUAGUCAUGAAGUUGGUUCUAAAUAAACCCGUGAAGUGAUGAAUAAAUGGUUAAGAAUAUAUGAAAGUCAUAUAUUUGAACUGCGGAUAAAGACGUGAAUGCUAACCUUAUUUGUAAUAUACCUUUAAUUCUGAUUUUAUUUCAUUAUCUUCAUAUUAAUCCUUACCUAUGUCAUGGCUGAGGUGCUCGGCCUUAUAAAGCCCCUUUUGAAAGAGAAGGGUUUAUUUAUCAAUAUAGACUUGAGGUAUUUUGGAACAGCUUACAGGUGAUAUUUGAGUGAUAAACUGAGAUGAUCUGAGAUUGUAUAGCUUCUGAUGCACUACGCUUAAUGAUUGGUCUGGAAAAUUCAAGCCAUCCCCUCGGCCCAUCAGAUCCAACAGGAGAACACCGAACCGCAACCUAAUCGCGAAUUUUCGUUUUUCCACGUUGGAGCGGUUUUCAUUUUUCAACCUUAGUUCCCCAGGACUCUUUGACAUAAUCGUCUUUGUACCUACUUGUGAAGGACUACUCCAAUCUCCCCCUAAACACCACCCCUAAUACACGUCAUAUGAUCUGUUUCACAGGAAUACUCAACAGAUGCACACGAGGAGGAUUCUGACAUCGGAAAGACUGGGGCGAGUUUUAGUGGAAGUCGGAAGAGUUCGUCCUCAACCCCCUCCCCGGAGGCAUAUGAAUCGUCACCGAUGACGGAAAGAAAUUACUUCCCAAAUUCAUCAAAAAUUAUGGUAACCUCAAUAUGAUUACGUGCAAAACCAACUUCUAACUGAGAUAGCAACUACCGUUUUUAUAAGUUUUGUAAAGAUAGAAAAUGCUUCUGGUUAAUAAUUUUUAGUUUUUAUUUUCAUAUUCCGAUAAUCACGAUUUGUCAAGAACACUUCUUUGUAAGGUAGAUAGGUCAUAAAGUUUGUACUAAACAGCUGUUUCAGGAAAGGUUGUCGUGCACGCGAAAGGUAUCGCGGAUACUUUUUUUUACCUUAGGAUUUCAGGGAAAUCUGAGAAACAUUUUUAGUACGAAAUAUAGCAGAUUUGGUAAAUUUAUUCGUUUCUCUGACUUCUUAAAAAUCAUGUUGUACCGGAUACCUAGAUAACCUUUCGAGAUGAUCGCGUGCACUUUUGUCCUUUUUUCCGACAACCUUUCUAGAAACAGCUGCUCCCCUUGAAAAGGUAGAAAUCUUAUGCUUAAAGAAUUGUAUCGGAUAACGCAACGCUCAAAUUCAUGUGAAGCAUCUUGAUGUUAUAUAUUUGUUAUGGAAAGAUAAACAAUUGGAAAGGGAAAAUUUUGGAAUAAGUUAGGCACAAAAACGCUCACUUAGAAUUGUGUCAUUCUGUAAACAUUCGAAAACUUUGGUACUACUGUACGAUUUGAUUUGUUAUUUUUAUAAUUGUCAAUAUCAUUUGUUUCUCCAGAGCUUCUUUUCUCGAAAUGUAUGUUCUAUAGAUUCUUCGCAAAUCUUGGAUUAACACUAAGUACACAGGAAAUCCUUGAAGAAAUGAAAGUCGAGUCACACAACCAUUUGUUAUAGAAAUGGUUUCUAAUAAAAGGUUCUUGUGAAGCCUAAAUUAAAUUAAAGGCUGACACAAUGGUUUGGUAGCGAACUAAAUCCCGG